AUGAGCGGAUACGUUUUACGUGACUGGCUGCAGAAGUUGUACGGAAUUGAUAUUAUGGUUUAUUCAAUGAUGGUUGCCUGUGGCAUAAAGCCUACAAUACCGGAACUCACAACAGACAAAGUACUUAUGGGCGUUAUGGUCAUGCCUUCUCUUCAUGCUAAACUUCUGACAGAAGACAACUGUAAACAGAAACUUUAUCAAAUGAUAGAAAAUGAUGUCAUUUUCUUCCUUCAGUUUCGGAAACUUAAGGAGACAUUGUCACAUUAUGAGGCACCUUUCGGAAAUGUUGCUGUAACUGGCACGACAUCUGAUGAGGCCAAGCAGAAGUUACUUAAUGUAUGCAGAGAGCUUGGUAUUGAUCAAGAAGAUUAUCGAGUAGAAGAUUUUAUACAGACUUUUUAG